CAUCUCCCUUCGAGGCUCAAAGCUCACUGACUCACACUCACAAUGUGCGGACGCUACGCAAUGGGCGCAGCGCACCUCGCCUUUCUCAACGACUUGCAGGGGCAGUAUGGCCGUCUCUUCCGCGCCCGGCGCUUCGACGGCGACGGCGACGGCCAUGAUGACGACGGCGGUCAAGGGUCACGCCCGAUGCGCCUGCGAGGCGGCGGCCCGGAAGGAGAAGUGGCUUGCACCUGUGGGCUGAAGUGGGAGCGCGAACGUGACUUCUGGCCGAGCUACAACAUUGCUCCCCGACAGCGGGCGCCCGUUCUCCGCCGCGACCCCGCGACUGGAGGGGCGAUGAUUGAGACCAUGCAGUGGGGCCUCAUCCCGCACUGGACCAAGCACCCACCAACCGGGCCGCUGAACACGAUUAAUGCGCGCUCCGAGGCGCUCAUCGACCCGUCGUCGGUUGGGAUGUGGCACGCGCUUAAAGGAUACAAGCGCUGCGUGAUCCCGGCACAGGGGUAUUACGAGUGGCAGAAGAAGGGGAGCUCCAAGGUCGCGCACUUUGCCCGCCUUCCCCUUCCCGAAGGUGGCGAGGCGAGCGAGCCGCCAAUACUCUUCUUCGCUGGGCUGUGGGAUUCCGUCACCUACGUCGACCCCGUACCGUCCAAGUUCGUGCCGGGGCCAGACGACGACCGGGAACCUUAUCCCACCGGGAACCCCGUGCCGCUGAGCACAUUCACGAUCCUUACGACGGUACCAGCGGGCGACAUCGCCUGGCUGCACGACAGGAUGCCGUGCAUCCUCACGAGUGAGGAGGAUGUGGAACGCUGGCUGGAUCUCGGGGUCGAGCCACAGGGGUGGAAGGAGGGCAAGGGCGGCACGGCCGACUUGCUUGUCAGCUACAAGGGCAUUACGGCGUAUCCUGUUGUCCCAGAGGUAGGGAAGAUCGGCAAGAGCGACCCCUCGUACAUACUCCCCGUAGCAGAGAGGAAGGACGGGAUCAAGAGCUUCUUUGCGAAGCAGUCGCCAAAGAAGGCAUCGGCGGCGCCAGGAAAGCCGCCACCGAAACCCGUCACGAGGGCGGACCUGAUGGGAGAGGCGGAGGAGGUCAGACCCACUGUCAAAGCAGAGGCUAAACCGGACGUCAAGGCGGAGGCCAAGCCAGAUACGAAGGAGGAGGACAAGCCACACAUCAAAUCGGAGGCGAAGCCAGAUCUUGCGGCAGACGCCUCGCCCACCAUCACGCCCGACGCCAAGCCUACCCUCGAGGCCUCGCAGGACGAGGCCAAGCCCGAGUCCCGUCUCGACGUCAACCCCACACCGGAGGUGAUUGACGUCGACGCCGAGUUGGCGGGCUCGCAGAGCUCACAGGGCGCUCCAGGCAAGCGUAAGCGUGAGGCUGAGCGCCGCGGGGGGAGACAGACCAAGGUUGCGCGGCCCGCACCGCAGGAGGACAAGGGCGGGCAGAAGUCGAUCACCUCAUUUUUCAAAUCGCCCAAGAAGUAGUCGCUGUGUAUCUUGCCCUACGUUGCUCCGCGUUGUAGUGUUGUCUACGUGUGUGUAUGUUUUCAAGUGAGUAGCGCUUCACACGUGUCCGCGCUUGGCUUCUGACUUCUGGCGGGGUCAGCCGUCUGUGCGCCCACGGAGAUGUAUGAAUCCUCCCUUCUGCCGAGUGACAAACAUGCAUUCAAUCGUGG